AUGAUGAAAGAAAACAAAAAUAAAAAAAUUAAACUUGAUCAUAAUAAUAAUAAUAAUAAUAAUACAAAAAAAAAUAAAUAUAAAGAUAUUGAUUAUUUUAUAAAAAAAACAAAAUCAGAUGAUAGGGAUAAAAUAUUAAUUGGAUUGGAAGCACUCUUUGAUAUAAUAGUUCUAACUGAUGAAUGUGACCCAAUCAAAAAUAUUAUAUUGUCUGGACUGGUACCAAAAUUUAUAGAAUUUUUGUAUUUAAAAGAUAAAAAAAUUCAGUUUGAAACAUGUCGGAUUUUAAAUAAAAUCGUAUUAAGUGGUCAAAGUUGUUUAGAAUCAGAUACAGUACAUGCUUUAGUUAGUUUAUUAGACAGUGGGGACCCAGAUUUAUUUAAUAAAGCAACAAAGUGCCUUACAUCCAUUUCAAAGAAUAAAAUAUCACAAGAUUUGGUUUUAGACUCUGGUGCCACAACUAAAGUUUUACAAUUAUUUUCAAUAGAUCAAGAGAAUCAUAGAUUAUCAUUUAUAAAAAAUAUAAGUUGUUUAUUUUUUAGUAUAUGUAGAUAUCAUAUUCCAUCAUUUAAAACCAUUGAGGAUUUCUUUCCAUUCAUUCACUAUGUGUUUUUAAAUGUCACUGAUGAAAUGAUUUAUUUAAAUGUAUGUAAAGUAUUAUCAAGAGCUAUAUCAGAAUUUCCGGAAGAAACAGUUUCUAUGUUUUUUAAAUAUGACUUAUUUGGUAAAAUAAUAGAACUUUUAUAUUAUAAAGAUAAUCUUGAAAUCCAAAACUGGUCAUUAAAUGUUGUUGGAAGCCUAAUUUGCACUGAGGGUGUGGGUUUUAUUAAAAUAUUAUCAUUCAGAGGAUUGCUUCCACAUUUAUUAAGACUCUUAUCAAGUGAAAAGAAAAAAACUAGUGCAUGGAUCAUCCGUAACAUUGCAAUAGAACCAUGCACUCAACAACUAUUAUUCGACCACGGCAUUGUUGAAAAACUCAUAUCGAUGCUUGAUAGUGAGAAAAAAUUAUUAAAUGAUAUUUUGUAUCCGAUAUACUACUGUCUUAGAGAUCCUGAUAUUGUCAAUCAAAUGGUAGAGCUCGGCAUUGUCAAGCUCUUAUGCUCAUUACUCUCUACCUUGUUUUAUGAUAAUGAUAGGGACAUUCUUGUACUCAAAGCUCUACUAUUGAUUUUGAAUGUCAAUGAUUUAUCUUCUAAUAAUACUUCAAUUGUAUUAGAAGUUUUUAUGGAAGCCCAAUUCUUGCACCACUUAAACAAUUUUGUCGGAAAAAACCAAAAUCAUUUAACUUCUAAAGAAAUCUCCAAAGUUGAAAAACUAAUUUGUUAUUUUGAUGUUUAUUCAAACGAAAUUUCCCAACUAUAUCAUUUAAAGGAACAUUAUUAUAAUAAAUGGGAUCUAAUUUAA